UUUGUGUCACUGUAUUUCCACUCUACAAACACACACACACACACACACACACACACACACACACACACACACACACACACACACACACACACCAGAGCUCCAGAUUAGCAAAACUCUCUACGCUCUUUUAAUUCUGCCUUCAUUAACAUUCACAACAAAUGUUUUGUUCCACUGGGUAAAUCCCCCCACUGAGACUAUCUUAAACCAUCUCCUCUUCUUCUUCUUCUUCUUCUUCUCUCUUAUGAAUCUACUCUGUUAGUACAAGUGGCACCCCCUCCACUCCCUCUCUCUCUGGGCUCUUUUUAAUUAUAAACUAAUCUAGGGAGGUAAUCACAGACAGCAUGAUCACUUACUCAUGCAUAUAUGCCAUACUAUAAAAAUGCAGGCCGUUUAUUACCCUGUCUCUAUUGCCUAUUUACAGCCAGUAGGAAGCGUGGAUGCAGCUGUAAUGCCGCUCCAAUUAGCCGUAAAAAAGAAACAUUAGUGCGCCGGCUGGGUGGAGAUUUCAUGUGGAAUAUGGGUUAGAGGUCAGAGCGCCAGAGAAAGUCGGUUUAUUUCUCGCUUUUUUCCCCUCCUCCCCCGCUUUAAAAAAAAAAGCUCAGCGCUGAGAGGUGCUUUGUGGUUUUCAUUUCAUGCAGCCUUUCAACAUUAUUGAAGAUGUGAUUGCGGCUGAGUGGCAGCAGUGCAGGAUGGAAGAGGAUCCUCAGACUGAUGAGCGCUCUAAUAGGCCUGUCUAAUGUAUCAUCGAUGGAUUGACUGCCGUCUCGGAGGAGACAUUUCUGAGGGAUUCCAGCAGAUGAAUUUCAGAAUGGAGAGAAGAAAAAAAAAAAGAAGAAGAAGAAGAAAAAAAAGGGGGCCCGCUUCGCUGAACGCUCCUGCUGCUGAAAAAUUGUCCAGUGGAAAGACGCCCUCUUCUUGCGCGGCCGGGUUGUGCAGGCAGGAUUUACUCCAAGUGGAAUACAGACGAGCAGUUAUAUGCUUCACAUGCUCGCUCUCUCUCUCUCUCUCUCUCUCUCUCUCUCUCUCUCUCUCUCUCUCUCCCCUUCAGCCAAUCUGCGUACAGUGACGCUGCGCAAAAGGCUGGAUCUAGUCCUGGCUUCAUCAUCAUAUUUAACACACCCACCCGGAUUCACACAUGCUACAGAGAGCGCCUUCUCUCUUUAUCCCGCUGUAGUCCUAGAGGUUUGCCUGGCCCCUGCGGGAGGAUUCCUGUCUCCUGUUAACCUGCGUGAUUUGACGCCUGUUGGGUGAUUUUUUUUUUGCCCCCCUCGGGAGAAUUACGCACCCUGCCUGGAUCGCUGAGGUGGAUGAAGAGCUCAAGAAUACUUUGUUCGGGGACUUUCCCUUCAAAAAAAGGAGAAGAGAAACAACAACAACAUUUAAAUGUGACAGAGCUCCACUUUCCGGGCGAUCUAUGAUCGGCUCCUCUGCUCUGGAUGGUGACACCGACGCGCGCUCUCGAACCCCCUUGGACACGCACCCUUAACGGAUCGCUCCCCUCCGGCGUGUCACGGCUGCUUUUUUUUCGGAUCCUCUUCUCCUCCGCGUUCUCCUCUCGGACACUUCGUGGUCGGCGGCUGAAGGGGGAGAGCGGGCGGCGUGAGGAGGAUGUGGCUUGCGCAAAUCGACCGCUGGUCUGAGCCGACUCGACCUGCGCUACCUGGACGCUUGCGGAUGAUUUUGCGCGUCUGACGGGAAUCUUCGCCCAGGACGAGCCGCGCGAAUGAAGGCAGGAGUCUGGUGUUUGAAGGCAACAUAAAGGCUGAACACUGAAUCCUUUACUCAAGACGGCAAGUGAAGAUGGCUCCUACGUGUUCAAUGUAUAUUUCAUUAGAUUGGCGUCCAGUCUAAUAAACAUCAUCAGCGAUGUAGUCAGCCUGUUCAUCUGCGUGCUCAUCAUUUGCAGCAAGUACUCACAUCUGCUCAAACGGGAGACCAUGAAGAUGAUCCUCCUGCGCAAAUUCCGCUUCCUGAUCCUCAUGGUGUUCCUGAUCGCAUGCUCGAUGCACAUCAUGAUAGACCUGCUGCCGAAGCUGGAGAGGCACGGCAGCGGCGGCUGCUCCUGCUCGCACACGCCGAGCGAGGAGCCUCAGAGCUGGGGCAAGCAGGGCUGGCCUAACAAGCACACCCUGCGGAUCCUCCAGGACUUCAGCAACGAGCCCGGCUCCAACGUGUCCUCCCACUCCCUGGAGAGGGUCCCGGUGACGGCCGACAAGACGCAGGCGUUCAGGGCGCUGGAGCAUCCCGGGCUGCGCGGCGACAGGAAGAGACAGUUCAUCCAGGACGCCUCGGUGGCCAAGAACAUGCCCGUGAAGGGUUCAAGGUUGUCGGCUCUCUACGAGCAUCCCCUGUAUAAGCGAUCCGUGCCACCUCUGACGGAUGAGGACACGCUGUUUAACGUCAACACGGACAUCAGGUUCGACCCCAAAGCAGCGGAGGACCAGGCAUGGAAUACUGAAGGCAACAUGGACGAGUUCAGCCCGACGGGGGAGCUGACGGCCGACUCCUACCCCAACUGGCUCCGCUUCCACAUUGGGAUUAAUCGAUACGAGCUGUACUCCAGACACAACCCAGUCAUCGACGCUCUGCUGAAGGACCUCGUCACCCAGAGGAUCACCAGCGUUGCCAUGAAGUCUGGAGGCACUCAGCUGAAGCUCAUCAUGACCUUCAUGAACUAUGGCCAGGCUCUCUUUAAACCCAUGAAGCAGACCCGGGAGCAGGAGACCCCGCCGGACUUCUUCUAUUUCUCUGACUUUGAAAGACACAACGCUGAGAUCGCUGCCUUUCACCUGGACAGGGUCCUGGACUUCCGCCGCGUCCCUCCUGUGGCCGGCAGGCUCGUCAACAUGACAAAGGAGAUCCGAGACGUCACACGGGACAAAAAGCUGUGGAGGACCUUCUUCAUUUCACCAGCCAACAACGUGUGUUUCUAUGGAGAGUGCUCGUACUACUGCUCCACUGAGCACGCUCUGUGCGGUAAACCGGACCAGAUCGAAGGAUCCCUGGCCGCCUUCCUCCCGGACCUGGCCCUCGCCAAACGCAAGACCUGGAGGAACCCGUGGAGACGCUCCUACCACAAACGCAAGAAGGCAGAGUGGGAGGUGGACCCGGACUACUGCGAGGAGGUCAAACAGACUCCACCUUAUGACAGUGGGACACGACUUCUGGACAUCAUGGACAUGACCAUCUUUGACUUCCUCAUGGGAAACAUGGAUCGCCACCAUUAUGAGACGUUUGAAAAGUUUGGAAACGAGACUUUUAUCAUCCACCUGGACAACGGCAGAGGCUUUGGAAAGCACUCCCAUGACGAGCUGUCCAUCCUGGUGCCGCUGACCCAGUGCUGCAGGGUAAGGAAGUCGACCCACUUGCGUCUGCAGCUGCUGGCUAAGGAAGAAUACAAGCUGUCCGUGCUCAUGGCAGAAUCCCUGGUGAGGGACCGCCUCAGUCCCAUCCUCAUCCAGCCACACCUGGAAGCCAUGGACAGACGACUACGCCUGGUGCUGAAUGCAAUGUCAGAAUGCAUCGAAAAGGAGGGCUACAGUUACGUCGUAGAGGACGACCUCCAGGGGCACCAGGGGACGGACCACGCCCACACCGGCCCACGGCGGAGGUAGCUGUCUGAGGGCGCUGGCAGCUGGAUCGGACUGAAUCCCUGGAGAUGGGAGGUCCAGUCUUUCUCUUCGAACUGAACUGGCGUCCUGUAACACAGAUGCUCUCCAUCUGUGCUGAUUUUCUCAGAGGGCUUGUUUUUUUUUGUUGCUGAACUCACAGUGAAGCCCACCUGCCUGAAGUUAACAUAAGCUGUGUGGAAGACGUGGAGGCCUGCUGGAUAGGACUUUGACAAACAGUGCAGUGACUGCUCGAGACGCAGGCAAUGUCGAAGCCUUCCGGACAGAUCUGGGUGCCGGGUCACGGACUAAACCGACCCAGACUCCUUGAAAAUCUCUGCCUGACUCUAGUGUAGGAUAGUGUCAACGCAGCCGAACCCGAACACCCACCAACCCACCGCAGCACUACCAAACCAUGAAAGUCUUGCAAGAGACGCCUUCUCUCUGUCUCUUUCAGGACCCCUUUUUUGAAUUCAGUGAAUUCUGAGGGACUUGUAAAGAACCCCUCCCCUCCACCCCACCCCUCCCUCCCUUCCCUUCAGCUGAAUUAUGUGUUUAUACGUAUUGUCGGUAUUGCAAAUGUUGGAAAUGGUGGAGGUUGACUCUCGUUGUCUUAAUGAUCAAAAAUGAUGUUUUAUUGAUUUGCUGGGAAAAAAAAAGUUUUAUUGCAAAGUGUCUUUUUUUUAGAAAAAAAUUUUUUUUUUAUUUCUGCUGAGCUGAUUCAGCUUCUAUCAUUGGUAUUCAAGAUGGAGAUAUUUGAUCGGAGUGCAGGUUUACUCCUGGAUUUGUCCUUUUUAAUUUUGCCCAUAAAUGUUACUUGUACUUGGGAGAGUAUUUAUUUUAAAAGAAAAAGAAAAAAAGAAAAAUCAUAUUUAUUGUUUAAAAUAGAUCAACAUCACUUUUCUGUUUGUUCAAAUGAACCGUCUGAAUUGAAUUUUACAUCACAGUGGUGUGCUUCCUCGUUUGUCCAAAAGAGGGCAAACUGAGCACGUGCAGAAGUAACUACCAGGUCGGUGCCUCUCAGUCAAAUGAACCCCUCUCCACGUUUCCAAGCAUCAAGCUCGCUUUAAACUCGGUUCCUAGCAGCCACAAGUAUUGGUUUUUAAGUCAAAUGAGCAAGUCUGCGCCUGUGUUUACAACAUUUAACCCAACUACUGUUCUCAUUUCUUUCAGCCCGACAUGAUAUGAGGUUAGAUUUACAGUACCAAAAGCCAAAUGUGACACUUAAAUAGUUUUAUAUUAUUGUUUUCUUUGUAAUAUAUUUGAUGUCCAGAUGUUGCUGUUGUGGAGAGAUUAUUUUUCAGGAUGUAUAUUUCAUUCAUAACCGACAGCUGAUAAGAGUGGCUGUCAGUGUCAACGGUUCAGUCGCUGGCUGAAAGUUAAUAUAUACAGUAGGAAAAUCUAGUGCCUGUGCAAUGAUAGAAAUACUUGAAUGUCUGGUUUUCAUAGCGGAAAGGUUCCCGAUUCCUCCAGGAUACGAGCUGUAGAGAAGUUAAGGAGGUCUUACAUGUACGUGUGUGCUGACUCCACCUGUUCCAUGAGGGUUUUGUUAUAGUCUUAAGUUUCCAUAGUCCCGUGUCAGGUCAGUACAGUGUGUCUGGACGUACGGGUGGAUCCAUGGAGAACCUUUUAGAUGAUGUGUUCUUAAAAUGAAAAUGCUUCUCUUUUUUAUUCAACUCAUUGUUUCUGUGGGAAUCUUUUGUUUUGUUUUGUUUUUUUUUCCAUUUCUUUGCAUCAUGGUAAAAGUGCAAUAAAACAAAAUAAGCAGAAUAA